GAGGUUGCUGGAUCCCAACGGGCUCCGUGACCCCCAGUAAAAUCACCCUAAAAAAAAGGGGGACCCCAGAAGAUAAAAAGCAAAAGAUAUCCUAAGCGUACUCAGCACCUCCUCCUGCUGCUCCCAAAGCACAGCCAUCCCAAGCGCCAGGAUUCCGGAACCCAACUACCGACCAAAGAAUAUGCAUCUGGAGAUUAAAGUUGCCCUGAAUUUCAUUAUUUCCUACUUGUAUAAUAAACUUCCAAGAAGAAGAGCUGACCUGUUUGGAGAGGAGUUAGAAAGGCUUUUAAAGGGCAAAUAUGAGGGGCACUGGUACCCAGAGAAACCACUGAAAGGUUCUGGGUAUCGAUGUGUUCACAUUGGAGAGACUGUUGAUCCAGUUGUGGAGCAGGCUGCUCGAAGGAGUGGAUUAGAUAUAGAUGAUGUACGUGCAAAUGUUCCAGAAGAAUUGAGUGUGUGGAUUGACCCAUUUGAAGUGUCUUAUCAGAUUGGAGAAAAGGGAUCAGUGAAGGUGUUGUAUCUUGAAGAUGUGGAAAACAGCACUGAGUUGGACAAAGAAAUAAAGAGUAGUUUCAACCCCGAGGCACAGGCAUUCAUCCCGAUCACUAACCAGGAAACCUCUUUAUCUAAUUCUCCAUCUCCGUCAUUUGGUCAAUCCCCAAGCCCCACAUUUAUUCCCCGGGCCUCCCAGCCAAUGACCUUUACAACAGCAACCUUUGCAGCCACCAAGUUUGGCUCAACUAAGAUGAAGAAAGGAGGUCAGCGCAUGGCACGUUCCCCAACUAAUAACCUGGUGAAACAUAAAGGUCUUUCUCUGUCGAUGCAUUCGCUAAACUUUAGCCCAGCCCAGGGGGCUCCAUCUCAGCUGUCUCCCAAUGCCAAGGAGUUUGUUUUUAGUGGUGCUCCUGGGCUCUUUUAUGAUGGCGACAACCAGAGCCUUCCAAGCCCAGGGCCAUUUGCCACUCCCUUUGCCAGUGGGAGCAGCCUUUUUGCUGAGAAAUCUCCUUUUGUUGAAGGGUUAAACUUCAACCUUCCUUACUCAAGCCAACCUUUCCAGCCUGUUGUCCUGGCUAAUUAAGCUCAUUGAAGAAUUACUUUUUUCGCCACUUUUUUUUUUUUUUUUUUCUUUUACAAAAAAAAAUAGAAUUAAAAUGGAAAAUAAAACAUACAAAUAUUUACUGGGAGACAAAACCUUGGGUUGCUUUGCUACUGAACACUUGUGAAGUCCACACCUUAUUACAAAGAUACACAGAGGAAGAAAAAUAGAGGUAUUAGAUGGCUAGCAAGUACAUUUUCUUUCCCAGUUGUAUACAACCCCCCCCCCCCCCCCCCCCCAUUCAGUGUCCAAAAACCAAACUUUCUAAAGGAACUCAUUCCAGUUCUGAGCAGUCAUAUCUGCAGGAUGGUGCCUGUAACUUUGCUAUGUCGGUAGCUGAGUGCAGCAACUGGUACAAAAUCGCACAGCUUGGAACAACCUCACAAUCUUGCAGGAUCCAGUUGAGUCAUACUUGAAGAACAUUUCCCCUCAGCAGUUGUUUCUGUACUGGUGAACCUGAACCUCUCUCCAGGAUUUUUUUUUUUUUUUUAAGUCCCACCCUUUUAUGCUGCCUUUGUCACAGUUAUGCAUUAUUUUCUUCCACUGAUUUUAUCCAUUAUUUUUUUCAAUCACAUGUACCAUAUUUAAAGUCUGUAGCCCAAUAUAACCCCCCCUGACGCCACUUAACGAUGGUCUUUGUGCACACCACAUUUCCCCACCCUUUCCUACUGGAAUUCAUUCUUACCAUUACAUGGGCUUUCUAUACUCCAUGUUUUUGACAAAAACCAUACAACUACAACAAAAAUUCUAUAUACAGCACCAGAGAAGUGUUCAUUCUGACAGCAUCACUCAAAUAUGCAAAUGGGGAUAUAGUUUUUUUUUUUUUUUAGUGUUUACAACAGUUUUAUAUUUUUAUUUAUUUUUGCCCAAAACAAUUCAAGUCAAAAGUCAGCAUUCAGUUGUGUAAUGCAUUGGAAGCCAGAUAUUUAACAAAGCAAAGGAACGUUUGAUCUCGUAUAUUACAAAAUUUACAUUUCACAGUAUAUUUUUUAUAGAAAGGCUAACAUACAAGAGCACUAUCUUAAAAGUGUUGUGUAUAUACUAAUUCAAAUGUCUGAACCCCUAAUGUGCUCUUCAGAGUGGCACAGAUUUGUAGCAUGCAGGUUAGACUGUAUGAAGGUAUGCAUGCAAAGGACAAGUUAGUCUUACAGAUAUUCAGCUGGUUGCUGUAUAUAUUAAUAUAUAUAUAUAUUAUUUUUUUUAAAUACAGAAACACUCUUGUCUAAUACCUUGACUGUUUUCAGUAACACAUUGAAAAAAUUAGAAGUCACAAUUACCAGCACUUUUUAAGUUGGGUUUAAAAGCGGAAAUAUCCAUUGUUCUGCAUGGCAGUAUUAAAAAGCCCAUCUUUUCUCAAAUUGACAACAUUACUGGAAUGAUGAUGUGAACAUUGUGAGACUGCUUUCCCCAUCUCUAUUCCUGCCACAGCAAAGGCGUAUUUAUGUGAAACAUUAGAUUUAUGUUAAAAAGGCCCAUCAGGGCCAAAGUGAUGGCAUCAGAGAAGAUAAUAUAUUAACAAUUGUUUUAUAUAAUAACUAUAUUUUUUAAAGUUUGUAAAUCCAUUUUUAAUUUAUUUUUUUCUAAGAAAUGAUUUUUGAAUAAGCCUUGCAAGGAUCAAUAAUCAAAUUAUAUAUCUUAAAAAAAAAAAAAUUACAAAAAAAUACAAAAAAAAAAA